GGAGCACAGCGUGGUGUACCUGGGGGACAAGAACGCCCUGAACCUGACCUUCAACGCCCGCAACCGCGGGGAGGGUGGCGCCUACGAAGCUGAGCUCUACGUCAUCCUGCCCACUGAGGCCGACUACUCCGGGGUGAUCCGCAACCAUGGGAACUUCACCAACCUGAAUUGUGCCUACGAGUCGGUGAACCGGACCCGCAUGGUGAUCUGUGACCUCGGCAACCCCAUGAAGUCGGGCACCAGUGUGAGUAGCUGUCCCACACCUGGAGCACCCUGGAGAGCUGGCCAGCACGGCCCUCACUGGGCAGUGCCCUCUGCCCCCGGGAGUGGCCACCUAACCGAGACCUGCUCUGCUGAGAAGCCGGGCAGGACUGCUGG